AUGCGAUUUGUAAGGCUUGCGCUCUUGAUCAUUACCAUAUCAACAAUCAAUGCCGCUAAGAACUUUGAGACUUGUCCCACUAUUUGUGAAUGCUCAGAGUGGACAACUUACACAAUUUCGUGCUAUGACAUAGAUGUCCUACCUGCUUUCCCCUCCAGCACGGAAAACCUCUGGCUCCUGGAGACCCGACUGACUACCAUCCAGCAAGAUGCCUUUGCAAACAUGGUCAACAUAUCACGGAUACAUAUAUCAGUGGAUGUCACCUUGAAGAGAUUGGAUAGGCAUUCCUUUUGUAAUCUAAUGAAGCUCACCCACAUAGAAAUACGGAACGCCAGGAGUCUGACGUACGUACACCCAGAGGCCUUUAAGGACCUGCCAAAUCUCAAGUACUUGGGGCUUUUCAACACGGGUCUCAUAGCCUUCCCUGACCUGACCAGCAUCCACUCUGAUGACACCAACUUCAUACUUGAAAUUGCUGACCAUCCCUACAUCACAGAAAUUCCUGCAAAUUCUUUCCAUGGCAUCACCAGCGAUGAUCUGACAGUGAUGCUGUACAGCAAUGGCUUCACUGAGAUCCACCCUCAUGCCUUCAAUGGGACCAAACUGAACGCUGUAUACCUCCACAGAAACAAACACCUGGUCAGAAUAGACGAGAGAGUAUUUGCAGGUGCUGUCAGUGGCCCAACCCUAUUAGAUGUGUCUCUGACUAGCGUGACCUCGCUGCCCACCAGAGGACUGGACUCUCUGAGGGAGCUUACAGCCCGCAACACGUGGAGCCUCAAGAAACUCCCGCCCAUGAAUGCCUUCCAUCACCUGACCAGCGCUGACCUCACCUACCCCAGCCACUGCUGCGGGUUCAAGAGCCUGAAGAGGAGGCGGGGAUAUCUGGAGUACCUCAUCUGCAACUUGACCAUGUUGUACGACCAGCAUCACAAGCGGUCGGUGAGCUUGUUCCAAGCCCCCACCUUUCAGGACAAUCCCAAAGAGGGAGGUGGGGACCCAGACGAUGAGGUGUUCCUUGCCGAACCCCCUGACAAUGGCCAGUUCAGCGGUGGCCUGCACUACCACGCCUACUUCGGAGGGAGAGCUGAUGACGGUGAGGUAGGCUUCGGCGAGACCCUGAAGAACCCCCAAGAGGACCUGGGCCAGGAUUUUGACAGCCGCUACGACUACGUGGUCUGCGAGGGCGACCAGGAGGUGGCCUGCACCCCUGUCCCCGACGAGUUCAACCCCUGCGAGGACGUCAUGGGCUCGGCCUUUCUGCGUGUCUCUGUAUGGUUUGUGAGCCUCCUUGCAGUCCUGGGCAACCUGCUGGUCCUGCUGGUCCUCCUCAGCAGCCACUACAAGUUGUCCGUCUCCCGCUUCCUCAUGUGCAACCUGGCUUUCGCCGACCUCUGCAUGGGCGUCUACUUGCUCUUCAUUGCUUCGGUCGACCAACUCACCAGGGCAGAGUACUACAACCACGCCAUCGACUGGCAGACAGGCCCUGGGUGCAGCGCGGCCGGCUUCUUCACCGUCUUCGCCAGUGAACUCUCAGUCUACACACUGACGGCCAUCACCCUGGAGCGCUGGCAUGCCAUCACCUUCGCCAUGCGGCUCGACCGCAAGCUGCGGCUGACCCAUGCGGCAGCGGCCAUGUUGGCCGGCUGGCUCCUCUGCCUCCUUCUGGCCCUGCUCCCUCUCACCGGCAUCAGCAGCUACCAGAAGGUCAGCAUCUGCCUUCCCAUGGACACCCAGUCCCUUGCUGCCCGGGUCUACGUGGUCUCUGUGCUGGUCCUCAACAUCGUGGCCUUCACCGUCAUCUGCGCCUGCUACGCCAAGAUCUACUGCGCCGUCCGCAACCCCCACUGCCGGCCCAGCAGCAAGGAUGCCAAUGUUGCCAAGCGCAUGGCUGUACUCAUAUUCACCGACUUCCUGUGUGUGGCCCCCAUCUCCUUCUAUGCCCUCUCGGCUGUUCUGGACCGACCACUGAUCACCGUCUCCAACUCCAAGAUCCUGCUGGUGCUCUUCUACCCACUCAACUCCUGCGCCAACCCUUUCCUCUAUGCUAUCUUCACCAAGGCCUUCCAAGGUGAUGUCUUCAUCCUGCUCAGCAAAUGGGGCUUCUGUCAGCACCGGGCUCAGGUCUUCCGAGGCCAGACUGUGUCCUCAAAGCACAGCAGCAUCGUGUGCCGAGUGGACAGGGACAGGAGGGAGCACCACCACGAGACACUCCUCAAACUGCAGGAGUGCGCCAAGCACACACCCACCACUUGCUACCCCCACCACUAA